UAAAUCCAAUAUGGCGUCGUCCGGUUAAGCAGUUAGCCGACUCCAGGCACUUUUUAAAAAAAUAAUGUGGUUUUAAGUGCACAUUAAAGUUACUUACCGGCGUCCUAACGGAGAUACAGGUUCGUAGACAACGUGAAGCUGUUUUAAAGUCAGUAAACGUUGUGUUUUUGUUUAAAUAAUGACCGUUUCUUACCGGGACGUCGCCGUGCUAACGCGGUUAGCUCGCCGCUAGCUCGGGAGGCUCCGUGAGAACCAUGACCGAGGCGGAGGAGCUGCGGCCCGUCCCCCGGGAGAGAGCCAUCCUGGAGAGCUUCUUCACGCAGCUCGGCAUGUUCUCCUUCGACCGGGCCAAAGACUACGUGGAGAAAGAGAAGGACAACAGCAAGAGCGCCGGCGCCAUCUGGGCCGCGCUGCUGGCCGCUCUGGCUCAUCUGUCCGCCGCAGAGAAAGCUUAUCACCACCUCACCUUCCUCGGACAGAAGAUGGGCGGUCAGUCCUUCUUCAGCCGUAAAGACUCCAUCCGAACCAUCUACACCUCGCUGUUCAACGAGCUCAGGAAGGUGGUGACGAUGGGGCGCCACAGCCAGCCGGGCUCCGCCUCCUACCUGGAGGACCUGCUGUCGCACCUGUCGGAGCAGCUCUGCCACUUCACGCAGGCCCGCAUGGAGAUGGCCGACCUGUACGAGAAGAUGCACUCGCUGGGCAGCCAGAAGAGCAUCAACUCGGAGGAGCUGGUCACCACGCUGGAGGCGGUCCUGCACAAAUACAGCACCAAGUUCCACCACCCCAUCCUGGGCCGCGUGGAGGAGGGCUUCCAGACGGAGGUGGACGUGGUGACCCAGUUACUGCGCUGCCAGGCGCAGGUAUCCGAGUGGAGCUUCCUGCCGGCUCUGCUCAGCCUGCACGGCGCCAACUCCAAGCUCACCGCCUGGGGUCAGCUGUUCCAGCGGCAGAAAGAGACCCGCAAGCAUCUGUUCGGAGGUCAGUCCCAGAAGGCCGUGCAGCCUCCGCACCUGUACGUGUGGCUGCAGCGCUUCCAGGCGGUGCUCCUCGCCAAGUUCAGCUUCUACUUCCACGAAGCGCUGAGCCGGCAGACGCCGCCGGCCGACAUGAGAGCCCUCACCGCCCGCACGGCGCCGGACUACCACGGCAAGAUCUGCUCCUUCAUUCGCAAACACGACGCCAGCAACGUGUCUCUGGUGUUCGACAACCGCGGCUCAGAAAGCUUCCAGGGCCACGGCUACCACCACCCGCACUCGUACCGGGAAGCACCGAAGGGCGUGGAGCAGUUCCCCGCCGUGGUGUCCCUGCCGUCGGGAGAGCGGCCGCUCACGCACUGGCCAAACGUCAUCAUGAUGAUGGGAGACCGCGCCGCCGAGCUCAACACUCUGGACAAGGUGGUGCACUUCUACGACGACAAGGUCCAGAGCACGUACUACCUGACGCGGCCCGAGCCGCACUUCACGCUGGUGGUGAUCUUCGAUGGCAGGAAGUCGGAGAAGGAUCUGCACAUCGCCGCCUUCCUGCAGGAGAUCUCGGGCUCGCUGCGAAACUCGAAACCCUUCAGCACCCUGAAGCCGGGGUCAAAGGGCUGAGCUACACGCUAACAGGCAAUGAUGGAACUGAUUGGUUUCCUGUGGUCCAACCUGAAGUCCUUUUAAUGUUGCUUUGACUUCAGACAAAACUAUAAAAAAGUUCCAGACCAAAGAAACGACCACCAACUCAACCACGCUGUGAAUUUGUUUUAGGCUACGACGGGACGACAAGAAUCACGCUGCUAGCGCUUAAAAAAAACGUUUUGUUUAUUUAAAAUGUAUUAAGCGUUUUAAUUAUUUUGCAUCAAUUACUGUUUUAACAUGUUUCCUUUUUACUUUUAAAAGCUCAUAUUUACUGUGCUUGAUACAAUUUAAAUAAAGCCUUUGAGAUGA